AUGAGUAAAGCAUGCCAGUCCUAUAGUGCAACGGUGUAUCAUGAUCUAACUGGUAACAUGUACAAAAAUCCACAUUGUGCCACGUGUCUAGGAGUAAGGAAUGACAUACAUUGCGGAGGUGAAUUUGAUGGGGCAAGAAUAUCUGGCGUGGGUAUUUCAUUCUCUAUGUUGUUGGAUUUUAAUUCCCAUACAGGACUGCGCCUGACCUCUGGUGAUGACAUAGUCGUGGAAAGUCACGUGACUUGUGAUGAGCAUCAGGUCUAUGACCCAGUGGCAAAUUUGUGUCGCCAACUCUCUUGCUCCCAGGGAUUCGAGUUGACUGAUGGAGCGUGUAUCCAAAUAAUGUCAGCUCCAGUUAGGUUGUCUGAUGAGCAAAACCGGUCUGAAGGGUUCUUGCAGCUUGUUGCAUUUCUGGAAAGUCACAUUGCCAAAUCAGACGACUUUAAUAUAGAACAUCAUAUGGCCUCUAUUUUUACUAAUAUUCUAAAUAUCCCAAUGGAAUAUGUGACAAGCCCAUCAUUGGAAGUGUAUUCAAAUACGGAAAAACAUUUUUUAAGUACUUCGAGUUAUUCAUAUGUUUAUUCUUUUUUUAUCCCUGUGUCUCACAUAAAUAUUGCUUCACUUGCGGUUUCAUUGGAGCAAAACUUGAGAUACGAGAAUUGGUAUUCAGACAAAAUGAUUGCGAUUACGUAUGUGAGUAUUGGUGAAACAAAUAAAGAUGGUAAUUACACGUGCACUGAUUCCGACCACAGAAUCAUGACUCACACUAUUCAGGAAAUAAAAGAGACAGACAAAGGAACUAUGUUCUAUUCUAACGAUACAAGAAUAUGGUAUCAAGAUCAGAAUACUCAUUGGCAAAUGUAUUCCACAUAUCGCAAUGUAUCAUGGGAACACAUAGUUAUAGUGGGUGUUUGCGAGAGUUCUCAUCAUCAAUCGCAGCUCAUAGAAUGCACGUUGGUUAAUCUGGGUAGCAACUACAUUGAGUUUGUAGGCGAGUACAAUCAUUCUAUGUACUACUCUCCAACAGAGACAAUAUUUGGGCCUGGUGAAUUUCAAAUCAGAAACGGGACACUUUAUGUCUGUAAUACGUUCAAUCAAAACGGAACAAUGACCUCUCAGAGGCAAGUUGUUUUCUUUCAAUACUCAAUUUCUCAGACAAUUCUUACUGCUGUAGGUAGCUGCCUUUCUAUUCUGUUCCUUCUCCUGUCAUUGGCCACUUACUGUGUAUUUCAUAGCCUUCGAAAUAUACCUGGCAAAACCAUCAUGAAUUUGAUUAUAGCGCUUUUGGUUGGUCAAUCUUUCUUAUUGUUCACCUCAUCGCAUAGUGACGAAUUCUGUAUCAUCAUCGCUAUAACCUUGCACUAUUCGUGGCUGGCCGCAUUUUUCUGGAUGAAUGUGAUGGCCUUUGAUAUCUGUCAGACCUUUCGUCGAAAUGUGCGUCUGCACGGCACAAACGACAGGAACGCGUUACUGUACAAAUACAUGAUGUAUGCUUGGGGAACACCUGCGCUAAUAGUUCUCAUAUGCAUUAUACUGAACUUCUCCACUAGCACGCUGAUUGGCUAUGGGACAGGCUAUACAUGCUGGCUGGCAGAUCCGGUUUCUCUCAUCGUAUCAUUUAUGGUACCAAUCGCCAUUAUUAUUCUGUUCAAUUUGGUAUAUUUUCUUCGGACAGUAUUCGCCAUUUGGUCAACAUCCAGAGUUGCUCAACAAGCAACAAAGAAGACUAAAGCUAGCAAUAUCAGAGGACAGCUUCUCUUAUAUAUAAAGCUAUCGACAAUCAUGGGUUUCACAUGGAUAUUUGGUUUUAUAGGGGCCUUCACUGCUCUUCCGGGCUUCUGGUAUCUCUUCAUCAUUCUCAACUCGACGCAGGGUGUAUUCAUCUUCUUUGCAUUCACGUGCAACAAGCGUGUCGUGCGCAUGUGGCAGCGUAAGGUCCGCGCCAAGAAAAGGCGGGUGAAACAGAAACGAGGUCAGACUGGCGUGACGCCCUCGACAAGUACCAGCAAGACUAAAUCUACCGAGAUUUCUAUGAGAGUAACUAGCGUUUAA